CUGACACACUUACUACACUGGCUUGAGGCGUUAAGCUGGAUGCAGGUCUCUGAAGGGAUCUAUGCAAUCACUUUUCAGGAGUCCAUUAUCCUUAUAAAUUUACCUUCGGUAUAGCGCGAAACUUUCAACUAAACUUCGGUUGGACAGGUGACUGUUCCCAUCUGUUCGAGUUUGUCCAUGAUGCCAAACGAUUCGCCCUUUAUAAUCAGGCAGUGAUAACGUGCGCUCCUCUUCAAAUAUACUGCAGUGCGCUGAUAUACGCACCUGUAAUGAGUAUAGUAAGGCGGCAGUUUGAUGCCCAGGUAGCUCAAUGGAUACAACAACUACCUCACGUACAAAAGCAUUGGAAUGCCUUACUACGGACGCUCGAGGGCCACGCGACCUGUGUCACUGCCCUGGCGUUCUCACCGGACGGCAAGGUGGCCGCGUCGGCGUCGGACGACAAGACGGUCCGGCUAUGGGACACCGGGUCGGGCGCGGCCCUGCAGACGCUCGAGCGCCACGCAGACGAGAUCGUCACCGUGACGUUCUCGCCGGACGGCAAGACGAUCGCGUCAGCGUUGGACGACCAAACGGUCCGGAUGGAAGCUGACUCAGAGUACGAUCUUGACGGAAAAUCAACUCCAUGAUUUUGUGGUGAGAGUGGUGUUUUUCCCGCUUCAAAUCACGUUCAACAUUUGCUGUUACAUCUGAUGUUUUGCGUCCCAACCUAGUGGCAAAGAGCGACUAGACGUUUACUUUGUGAGUCUGAGUCCCUCCUUCAAGCUCCUUAGGCAUUUGUGGAG